GCUCCAGUAUGCAUAUAUACGAUUGUGCAUGUAGCUUCGCGCUCAGUCUACGCAAUUCCCGCGCGCGAUUUUAACAAACGCCUUAGAAAUUGCACUACAUUUUAAUUAAAUAAGUUCUAUACACUAAAAUUAGCAAAAAGUUUUUAAAGCCAUUGAUAUUUUUUUAAUAAUUAGUUGUUAAGUGAUCAAAGUCAUGUCAAACAUAUUUAACUAUUGCUGCGUGAAGGACGGCGAGGGGGUGAAGGACACGUUUCUGAAAAUGGAGCAAAUGAACGGCCAUUUCGUUCCCGCGUCCUGCCCCUUCAGUGGUGAAAGUGAAGCUAAAUUGGAGCAGAAAAAUGUGAAGCCAAACCUCAGGAUCAAAGUCCCGCAGCCGUUGAGACUGAAGAACCAUCUCGUCCAAGAAGAGAACUUCGACACUCUACAUUCCAGAACCGACGAGUAUUCCAGCAUCAACACAAAAUGUACAGAAAAACUUUGUCAAUCCAGCAUAAUGGACAUUCCGGGCAGAGGCAACAGCCCUCGCACCUCCGAGGAGGUGUACCAAGAGGCUCAGUCGUUCCUGAAACAGUAUUUUGCUUCAAUACGAAGAGAAAACACAGACUCGCACACCGCGCGGCUGGAACAAGUGAAAUCGGAAUUAAAAGAAAAAGGCACAUAUCAAUUGAAAACUUCAGAAUUGGUGUUCGGAGCGAAGCUGGCCUGGCGCAACGCGAGCCGGUGCAUCGGCCGGAUACAGUGGAAAAAGUUGCAAAUAUUCGAUUGCAGAGAAGUCACAACUGCUAGUGGGAUGUUUGAAGCACUCUGCAACCACAUCAAGUACGCCACUAAUAAAGGGAACAUUAGAUCAGCGAUCACUAUAUUUCCACAACGAACAGAUGGCAAACACGACUACAGGAUUUGGAAUCCUCAGCUCAUCAGCUACGCGGGGUACAUCCAGCCUGAUGGCUCUGUUCUGGGAGAUCCAGCUCGGGUGGAAUUUACCGAGAUAUGUAUAAAGCUCGGAUGGAAACCAGACCGCACGGCGUGGGAUAUACUGCCACUUGUCCUAUCAGCAGAUGGCAAGGAUCCGGAAUUCUUCGAAAUUCCCAGAGAAAUUGUCAUGGAAGUACAAAUGGAACAUCCAAAGUACGAAUGGUUCAAAGACCUAGGUUUGAGAUGGUAUGCUUUACCAGCUGUCUCCAACAUGAGGAUGGACUGCGGGGGAUUGGAAUUCACUGGAACAGCCUUCAAUGGCUGGUACAUGGGCACGGAGAUUGGCUGUCGGAAUUUCGGUGACGCUAAUCGACUGAAUAUCGUAGAGACUGUAGCAACAAAAAUGGGGCUAGACACCAGCUCCUUCGCGACCCUAUGGCGUGACCAGGCCCUGGUCGAAGUGAACAUAGCCGUGCUUCACAGCUUCCAUCGGGACAACGUGUCCAUUGUGGAUCACCACUCCGCGUCUGAGCAGUUUAUUAAACACUUGGACAAUGAGAACAAGAGCAGAGGAGGGUGCCCCUCGGAUUGGGUCUGGAUCGUUCCGCCGAUGUCGGGCUCGCUCACGUCUGUGUUCCAUCAGGAAAUGGCUUUGUAUUACAUCAGGCCAUCUUAUGAUUAUCAAGAACCUCCCUGGAAGACUCACCAGUGGACUAAGUCAGUCGGCAACAAGACCGGACACAGAAAGUUUCACUUCAAGCAGAUUGCGCGCGCUGUCAAGUUCACUUCCAAACUGUUCGGCAGGGCUCUCUCCAAGCGCAUCAAGGCUACUAUACUCUACGCUACGGAGACAGGCAAAUCUGAACAGUAUGCCAAAGAACUAGGUACCAUUUUCGGACACGCGUUCAAUGCACAGGUUCAUUGUAUGUCCGAUUAUGACAUGUUCUCAAUAGAACACGAGACGCUACUUCUGAUUGUGACAUCAACUUUUGGAAAUGGUGAGCCUCCUGCCAAUGGAAUGGACUUUGCUGAUCAUCUAUUCCAAAUGUUUUAUAAUGAGGCUAAGAAUAUCGGAGACCAAACAGCAGAUACCAACUCAGCGAAUAUCAAAGUUCCUACACCGAAAUCACUAAUGAGAACAAAUAGUGUGAUGACACCAAGUAUUGAAUACAAAAGACAACUGACAAGAUUAGAGUCUAAUAAAAGUAGUAUUGGUGGUACAUCAUCAGUAGAACAAAUAGGCCCACUCAGCAACGUUUGCUUCGCAGUGUUUGCACUGGGUUCAAGUGCGUAUCCAAAAUUUUGUAACUUUGGCAAAACAGUUGACAAAAUAUUAGGCGAUUUGGGUGGAGAAAGAUUGCUAGAAAUAGCAUGUGGAGAUGAAAUGUACGGUCAGGAACAGCAGUUUAGAAGUUGGUCUUCAAAUAUUUUCCAUGUGGCUUGUGAAUCAUUCUGCUUGGAUGAAAAUGAUAUGGUCAAAGAUGCAAAGAGAGCUCUAGGAACAAUGCCUUUGACGGAGGAGACGGUGAGAUUUGGGAAGCCUACUGAACCAGUGACUUUGAAAGGAGCUCUUGAAUGCGGUUUUAGAAAGCAACUAAUACGAUGCACAGUGAAAGAAAAUAAAAUGCUCGGUGACUUCACGGCUGAUCGAGCGACAAUAUUUGUUGAUAUGGAGCCUGAACAUGAAGUAAAAUAUGAUCCUGGUGAUCAUGUCGGAGUAAUGGCUUGUAAUAGGAAAGAAAUCGUGGACGCUGUAUUUGAAAGACUGAAUGACGUGGACCAAUAUUAUGAUGAACCAGUACAAUUGCAACUUAUGAAAGAAACUCUUACUCCUACAGGUACUUUCAAGACAUGGGAGAAACACGAACGACUUCCAGCUGCCACAGUUAGGGAUAUCUUUACGAGAUUCUUGGACAUAACAACACCUCCGUCAACGACUGUGUUGAAAUACCUAGCAAGUAGAUGUAGCGACCAAAACGAGGCUAAUCAACUAAAAGAACUGGCUACAGAUUCCAAUAAAUAUGAUGAUUGGAGACAUUUAUACUUUCCUCAUCUUGCUGAAGUAUUAGAACAGUUCCCAUCAUGUCAGCCGCAGGCUUCAUUACUGGCAGCCUUACUACCUCCACUUCAGCCUAGAUUCUAUUCUAUAUCCUCAAGUUCUCUAGCACAUCAGAAGAGAAUACAUAUAACAGUCGCCAUUGUCACGUAUAAAACACAAAAUGGAGAAGGCCCUACACAUUACGGGGUAUGCUCCACAUAUUUACAGAACUCAAAACCUGGAGAAGAACUUCUCAUAUUCACAAGACGAGCCCCAAACUUUCACAUGCCCAAAAACUUAUCAGUUCCUCUCAUCCUGGUUGGUCCUGGCUCUGGUAUAGCACCAUUCAGAGGGUUCUGGCAUCACAGAAGAGAACAGAACAAGAAUCUCAGACCAGACAAUAAGAAACCAGCACCUAUGUGGCUGUUCUUUGGAUGUAGGAACAGUGGCAUGGACUUGUACAAGGAAGAAAAGCAAAAGGCACUUGAAGAUGGGGUCCUUGAUAAGGUGUUGUUGGCUUUGUCGAGAGAACCAUGUAGUGAUAAGAAACACGUUCAGACUCUCCUAGAAGAGAAUGGAGCUGAAGUCACCCGUAUGCUAGUAGACGAAGACGGCCACUUCUACGUGUGUGGAGACUGCAAAAUGGCGGAAGAGGUCCAGCAGAAAUUGAAGUCAAUAGUGAAGAAGCAUGCGGCCAUGUCCGAUAGAGAAGUCGAAGAGUUCAUUUUGGAGAUGAUGGACGAAAACAGAUACCACGAAGACAUAUUCGGCAUCACUCUCCGUACAGCUGAAGUUCAAAGCGCAUCAAGAGAAUUCGCCAAAAAGACUCGCCUGAACUCUACAAAAUCUCAAUAAUUAAUAUUAUAAAAUUAAUAAUAACAUUUAUUACAUACUGUGACGAAAAUUCAUGGAAACGUAUAGUUUCAUGGAUGAAUCAAUUGAAGAAAAAUCAUUUUGUUUAGGGUUUAUAACCCGACUAACUUUUCGUGGUAUAAAUCUCCCCGAUUUUGCUCGUCUCUAUAUUAAACUUGUAUUUUUACUAUUAGUAGGUAUGGAUUCGCGUGGUUUGCACAUAUUCUGGCAAAUAAUAUUUGAAAUAAAGUUUUAAAUUAAACUUUCGGGUCAAAUAAUCAAGGCGAGAGAGAAAUCCUCUGACGGGCAAACAAAUAAACAAUUUCUUUAUGAA